GAAAGAAGAAACAGUUUAACAUGUCAGCAAAACAACACGGAGGGGGAGUGAACUUUCCGACAGACAGCAGUCAUAUUUUGAAGAAACAUUACAAUAUUUUCAUCUAACUGUGUGCCAUUACAGUUCAGCCGAAAGCUGCCUGGUAUGCUCCCAGCAGUCCAGUAGAUGUCCACCCCUUCAGACACGUCAGGUGGUAUGUCGCAUCCUGGCCCUUCUCCGGGGGCCGGCUUAUCCCCAGGGCCCAUUUUGGGCCCCAGCCCUGGACCAGAUCCCUCACCAGGCUCUGUUCACAGUAUGAUGGGACCCAGUCCUGGACCUGGAACACCCAAUGCACCUCACGGGAUGCAGGGCCAGGGACAAAGUGACUACUCUCAGGACGGCAUGUAUCCUAUGCACAAGACCAUGGAGGGGAUGAAUGAGAAGACCAUGGCCGAGGCGAUGCACUUUGGCCACAUGAAAGGUGUGGGGAUGAGAACUCUGCAUGGCGGUAUGGGGCCUCCUCAGAGUCCCAUGGACCAGCACAGCCAAGGAUACAUAUCCCCCCAUCCAUCCCCCAUGGGGGUCCAUGAGCAUGCUUCUAGUCCCAUGUCAGGAGGCGGAGGUGGUGGGGGGCCCACACCGCCUCACAUGCCUCCCUCCCAGUCGGGCCCCAUGAUGCCCAUGGACCCCCAGUCCGGCGUGCCCAACAUGGCCAACAUGAGCCAGCAGGCGCGGGGUCCUUCUGCUUUCAGUCCGGUCCAGCUGCAGCAGCUUAGAGCUCAGAUUCUGGCCUACAAGAUUCUGGGCCGGGGGCAACCGUUGCCUGAAAACCUCCAACUGGCUGUUCAGGGCAAGAGGAGUCUACCCACAAUGCAACAGCAGCAGCAGCAACAACAACAACAACAACAACAACAGCAGCAGGCACCUAGUGCCAGUCCGUAUAACAGGCCUCAAGGCAUACCAAUGGCACCUUUGGGUGGUCCCCAGUCAAGUCCCUGCCCAACCCCGACCAUGCAAGGACACAGUCAAAGCACAGGACCCAAGCCUUGGCCUGAUGGUCAGGCUGGUGAUAAUCAAGCCAACGCUCAGAAGCACCUCACCCCCGUCCCCAGUGGACGUCCGUCCCCUGCUCCACCUCAGGCGUCGGCUGUCCCAGCUGGACCGAUGCCGGGCAGCUCCGUGACCCCUCAGCCUCCCGGGCAGCAGGUGUCCCCGAUGCUCCAGAUGCAGAAACAGAACCGCGUCACACCGAUCCAGAAGCCACAGGGCCUCGACCCGGUGGGGAUCCUGCAGGAAAGAGAGUACAGGUUGCAGGCUCGGAUUGCACAUCGAAUCCAGGAGCUGGAGAGUCUGCCCGGCUCUCUGCCCCCCGACCUGAGGACUAAAGCCACAGUGGAGCUCAAAGCUCUUCGUCUCCUCAACUUCCAGCGCCAGCUGAGGCAGGAUGUGGUGGCGUGUAUGAGGCGGGACACGACCCUGGAGACGGCGCUCAACUCCAAGGCUUACAGACGCAGCAAGCGGCAGACGCUGAGGGAGGCUCGCAUGACCGAGAAGCUGGAGAAACAGCAGAAGCUCGAGCAGGAGAAGAAACGCAGACAGAAACAUCAGGAAUAUCUCAACAGUAUCCUCCAGCACGCGAAGGACUUCAAAGAGUAUCACCGCUCCGUGUCCGGCAAAAUGCAGAAACUCACCAGAGCUAUCGCUAACUGGCACACCAACACGGAGCGCGAGCAGAAGAAGGAGACUGAAAGGAUCGAGAAGGAGAGGAUGAGGAGACUCAUGGCAGAAGAUGAGGAAGGUUACAGAAAACUUAUCGACCAAAAGAAAGACAAGCGUCUGGCCUACCUGCUGCAGCAGACGGACGAGUACGUGGCCAACCUCACCACCCUGGUGCACGAACACAAAGCUGCCCAAGCUGCCAAGGACAAGAAGAAAAAGAAGAAGAAGAAAAAGAAGGUGGAUGGAGACGGUGAAGGCACCAGCGCCAUUGGACCUGACGGAGAGCUCAUGGACGAGAGCAGCCAAAUGAGUGAGCUGUCAAUCAAAGUGAUCCAGACAGAAACUGGGAAAGUUUUGCAGGGAACGGAGGCUCCCAAAUCCAGCCAGCUGGAGGCCUGGCUGGAGAUGAACCCUGGAUAUGAAGUGGCCCCGCGGUCGGACAGCGAGGAGAGCGGCUCAGAGUUUGAGGAGGAGGAGGAAGACGAGGUGGCCAAGGCAGAAACAGAGGACAAGAAGAUAAAGGAUCCCGGUGAAGCUGGAGUGGCUGUGGUGCCUGCCAAGCACAUUAUCGAGUCAGCCAAGCAGGAUGUGGAUGAUGAGUACAGUGUUCCUACUGGUCAGACCAGCUCCCAGUCCUCCUACUACGGAGUGGCCCAUGCUGUCAUUGAGAGGGUGGAGAAACAGUCCACGCUGCUGAUCAACGGCACGCUCAAACAUUACCAGAUCCAGGGGCUGGAGUGGAUGGUGUCCUUGUAUAACAACAAUCUAAACGGCAUCCUGGCAGAUGAAAUGGGCUUGGGGAAAACCAUCCAAACCAUCGCUCUCAUCACCUACCUGAUGGACCACAAGAGGAUCAACGGCCCCUUCCUCAUCAUCGUUCCUCUCUCGACUUUGUCUAACUGGGUCUAUGAACUUGACAAGUGGGCACCAUCUGUUGUCAAAAUUGCUUACAAGGGCACCCCUGUUUUGCGCCGUGGGCUUGUGCCUCAACUCCGCAGCGGGAAGUUCAACGUCCUGCUGACCACCUAUGAAUACAUCAUCAAGGACAAGCACAUACUGGCUAAGAUUCGUUGGAAGUACAUGAUCGUGGACGAGGGUCACCGCAUGAAGAACCACCACUGUAAGCUGACCCAGGUGUUGAACACCCACUACGUGGCUCCUCGUCGCCUCCUGCUCACCGGCACACCGCUGCAGAACAAGCUGCCUGAGCUGUGGGCGCUGCUCAACUUCCUGCUGCCCACCAUCUUCAAGAGCUGCAGCACCUUCGAGCAGUGGUUCAACGCCCCGUUCGCCAUGACGGGAGAGAGGGUCGACCUGAACGAGGAGGAGACCAUCCUGAUUAUCCGCCGUCUGCAUAAAGUGCUGCGUCCGUUCCUGCUGCGCAGACUGAAGAAGGAGGUGGAGUCUCAGCUGCCUGAGAAGGUGGAGUACGUGGUGAAAUGUGACAUGUCGGCCAUCCAGAAGGUUUUGUAUCGCCACAUGCAGCGAGGAAUCCUCCUCACCGACGGCUCCGAGAAAGACAAGAAGGGCAAAGGAGGGGCAAAGACCCUGAUGAACACCAUCAUGCAGCUGAAGAAGAUCUGCAACCACCCGUACAUGUUCCAGCACAUUGAGGAAUCUUUUGCAGAGCACUUGGGCUUUCCAAACGGCGUCAUCAGUGGGCUUGAUCUGUAUCGAGCUUCGGGGAAGUUUGAGCUCCUGGAUCGUAUCCUGCCGAAGCUGCAGGCCACCAACCACCGAGUGCUGCUCUUCUGCCAGAUGACCACCCUCAUGACCAUCAUGGAGGACUACUUCAGCUACCGCAACUUUCAGUAUUUACGUCUGGACGGGACCACCAAGGCUGAGGACCGAGCAGCUCUGCUGAAGAAGUUUAAUGAGGAAGGAUCUCAGUACUUCAUCUUCCUGCUCAGCACCAGAGCCGGAGGCCUCGGACUCAACCUGCAGGCUGCAGACACUGUGGUUAUCUUUGACAGUGACUGGAACCCUCACCAGGACCUCCAGGCUCAGGACCGGGCUCACCGCAUCGGGCAGCAGAACGAGGUGCGCGUGCUCCGUCUCUGCACCGUCAACAGCGUGGAGGAGAAAAUCCUGGCAGCCGCCAAAUACAAACUCAACGUGGAUCAGAAAGUGAUCCAGGCGGGAAUGUUCGACCAGAAGUCCUCCAGCCACGAGCGCCGAGCCUUCCUGCAGGCCAUCCUGGAGACCGAGGAGCAGAACGAGGAAGAAGACGAGAUACCGGAUGACGAAACUCUGAACCAGAUGAUCGCCCGCAAUGAAGACGAAUUUGAGCUUUUCAUGCGCAUGGACAUGGACCGGCGCCGUGAGGACGCCAGGAACCCGAAGCGCAAGCCCCGCCUGAUGGAGGAGGACGAGUUGCCCUCCUGGAUCAUCAAAGACGAGGCUGAGGUGGAGCGGCUCACUUAUGAAGAGGAGGUGGAGAAGUUGUUCGGCCGAGGAUCACGAUGUCGCCGCGACGUCGACUACAGCGACACGAUGACUGAAAAACAGUGGCUGCGGGCCAUUGAGGAUGGAAACCUGGAAGAGAUGGAGGAGGAGAUCCGGCUGAAGAAACGCAAACGCAAGAGACGCCAGGACAAGGACUCGUCGAGCAGAGAGGACGGGGGGAGCUCCAAGGCCAAGAAGAAACGUGGGCGUCCGCCGGCGGAGAAACUCUCCCCGAACCCCCCGAAACUCACCAAGCAGAUGAACACCAUCAUCGACACGGUCAUCAACUACAGAGACGGGUCAGGAAGACAACUCAGCGAGGUGUUUGUCCAGUUACCAUCCAGGAAGGAGCUGCCAGAAUAUUACGAGCUGAUCAGAAAACCUGUCGACUUCAAAAAGAUCAAGGAUCGGGUGAGGAGCCAUAAGUACAGAGGCGUGGGAGACCUGGAGAGAGAUGUGAUGCUGCUCUGUCACAACGCUCAGACCUUCAACCUGGAGGGAUCUCAGAUUUACGAGGACUCCAUCGUCCUUCAGUCUGUGUUCAAGAGUGCCAGGCAGAAGAUAGCAAAGGAUGAAGAGAGUGAAGAUGACAGCGAUGAGGAUGAGGAUGACGAGGAUGAGUCAGAGUCAGAGGCCAAGUCUGUGCGGGUUAAGAUCAAGCUGAGCAAAGAGGGCCGCAGCCACGACAAAGGCAAGAAGAGGCAGAGUCGAGGGAAAGCCAAGCCGGUGGUCAGCGACGACGAGAGCGACGAAGACAUGGACGACAACGAUCAGUCAGACAAGAGUGACGACGACUGAGGACGAGAGGAUAUUGAUCAUAGCACUUAAAGACAAAAGGACAAUAUCUUACAUCACCGUUGUUCAGGUUCAUAUUCUGUAUUUUUUUAAUUUUUACUUCAUUUGUCUGUUUGUAGUGUCGCACCUUCUCCUACCAGCUUGGAAAUGUAUUACUAAUAAUCAAUAAGCUACAGCAAUACCAAUCUGCUUAUAUUCCUGUUUUUAAGACAAUUUUUUAGUAUAUUUUUUAACUCUGUGCUUUAAAAGACGGUUUCAAUUCUGUAUGAAAAAAAAGUCAGAAAAAAAAAAAAAGAUUUGGUCGUGCUAUACACGCUUUUGCUUGAUUUGUACCCGCUUGCUUGCACUUUUAGAAAAUGAAAUGAAAUUAAUAUCAAAAUUUAAAAAAAAAAAAUGGUGUAAUAAAAACAAAUAUAUAUAUAUAUAAAUAUAUAAAGAGCCAAGGACAUCCAAGUUAAUCUGGAGAGCCACUGGUGUUUUAAAAAAUAAGGCAAUCAAUCAAGUUUUUAAUUCAUUGUUUCACCUCGUGCAGUGCCAAAUGUUAGAGAAACUGAUUGUUCACUAAGCCCCGCCCCCAAACAGCCAACCAGCCAAUCACAGCUGAGCUUCGAGAUUCAUAGAUGUAUUCUUUCCAAAAUAAAAGAACAAAAAUAGAAUAAACAGCAUGUUUAUCUGCUCUAAUAAUGGCGCUAAAUGUUUGAUAUUCUGGCUUUAAAACACAUAAAUAAAAUGCAAUAUUAUUAUUAUUAUCCUCAUUAUUAGGCUCAGGCCAAUGGACGAUGACCUCCAUUGUUUAGUAUUUCAGUCACAGUUCUGUCCUGCCAAACUCCUCAGUUGCUCCUCAUUCUCAGAACCUUUUCUCUUGUAAAGUUAAACCCGGAAAAUGAGAUUAGAACAGAAUGUUUUUAUAUUUUUUCCAUAUCAAACUUCGACAUUUCUGCUGUUUACUAUGACUUGACUUGUGAGGAUGCCAACUUUUUCUCUCAGACAUGUUAGCUUUAGCAUCUGUCUUUUAACGUGAUGUCACAUAUUUAGCCGCAAAGACUUCUUUUACAAGAUUCUUGAUAUAAAACGAGUCAGCUGAAAAACAUUAUGAAGGGAAUAAGAAGCCAACCAACUCAUAAAGCACAACAGUUUUAAAAGUGUACUUGUAGGUAAAACCUCAGAUCUCACUUUCACUUAUUACUCUUACAGUGCUAGCAGAGAAAAAAAAUGCAUCACUUCACACACAAGUGACUUGAAAACAAAGCGCUUUUCUUUGUUUUGGAUUUCGACUUUUUUAAAUCUCAUUUUGACUUUUUUUUUUUCCAUUUAGACUUUUUGUCUUGUAACUGACUUUUUUUCCUCAUUUUGACUUUUUUCCUGACUCGAUUUUUUUUGUGAAUUUGACUUUUUUUCUCAAAUUGCCUUUUUUUUUCCUGAAUUAGACUUUUUUCAUUUUGACUUUUUUCUUGUGAUUCAACUUUUUUUUCCUCAUUUUGACUUUUUUCGUGACUCAAUUUUUUUUUUUACUUUGGCUUUUCUUCUUAUUUUGACUUUUUGUCCUGACUUCGACUUUUUCUUUCUCAGUUUGAUUUUUUUUCGUGGCUUCGACUUUUUCUCAUUUUGACUUGUUUUUCAUAAAGCACAACACCGUUUUAAAAGUGUACUUCUAGGUACAACCACAGACAGUUUCAUUUUAUUCUCUUUAGCAGCACUGAUUUGUGUUUUUAGAUCUCACUUUCUCGUUUUACUCUCACCGUGCUCGCAGAGAAAAAAGUGCAUCACUUCACACACAAGUGACUUGAAAACCAACCGCUGCUGAUCGUAGCCAGAGCAUCAAACACCAAUCUGUGUUACCUCAUUCUGCAUUAGUGACUUUAUUUUUUAACUGAAAAAUCUUUGAGACUGUUAUACAACCAUAAAGUGCAUAUUUAGGACUCUUUUUUAAAUCUACAAUAUUCCGCGAUUUAAAAUGAAUCGCAUGAAAACACAAGUUCAACCAGUUUAUGAAGCUAAUUAUAAUUAUAAGCUAUUAUCGAGCCAGAAAUAACAUGUUUUCUUUUGUCUGAAAUACUUGAAAAUACAAAUUUUAAAAAGCGAAUGAAUUUGAAAAGUAAAUCAGCUGUUUUCAUUGAAACCUGAGACCUGAAAGCUCACAGGAAGGGGCGGGGCUUAGCGAACCCUCGACUACGAGACUUUAGAGAGUGUCUUUUAAAUAUAUAUCUUAAAGCCAGCACAACAAAAAUGUUGCUCGAUGACUUACACGUACACCUUGAGGUGGCCAUAAAUGCUGAAUGCUUCUUUCUAAACUGCUUUUAUUGAGAGAAAUGUACUUUCUGUAGGCGGCACAUCAUUUAGGUAGCAGUCCUUGUGUUUCAUGUGUCCUUCCUUCCCUCUGAUGCUUUUCAAGUCGUCGUGUAUCGGAGCAGAAGCUCUGAAACGUGUUGUAAUAAUUUUCUUUUGAUUGAGAAAGGCUGCAGAUUCACAGAGAAACCUGUUGAACAGAACCAGCAUCUACUGUAGCUAAAUGUAGCAUCUGAAAACAAGUUGCAUACACCGUAAACAACAAAAAACACAAAGAAAACUAUUUUGGGGAUUUAAAAUUUCGAUUUGAAUGAGACAAUGAAUUUAACAGUUUGUUUUGAUUGAUUUAGAUUGAGGUGUUUGUGUUCCUGUAUUAGUUUUGAAACCUCCUUUUAUUGGUUUAUAUGUUUACGUUUAUAUGUAUACGUUUGUAGCAUGAACUCUUUUUGGCAAUAUACUCUGUACAUGCAGAUAUAUAUCAUUUUUUGUUUGUGUACCAUGUGCUUGCCGACUCUCCAUAAGUGUGACUUAAUCAUUGCUUUCUUUGCACAGUGUCUUUGUGGUUGUUUCUCAUAGCCCAGGGCAAAUAAAAUCUCACCGAUUUUCAGCACAAAA